AUGGCGCUGCGCCGCCCCGGCCCCUGCGCCCCGAAACGGAGCGCCCCCAUCCCGCUGGAGGCAGGAGCGGACCGGCCGCUGCGCCCGGGCGCCACCGCGUGGAGCUGCCGCGCGCUCGGAUGCGUGCUGGUGCUCCGUCUGUCUCGUCCUGCAGUGGUUCCACCCGUCAGACUUCUCCUUCCAGGCUCGCCUGAUGCCUGCAACACCGCAAAUGGAUCCUCCUGCCCAGGCGCUCCGUCGGCAUCCCGCUGCGGCGUGGACUUCCAGUCCGGCAGGACCCCCGUGCUCUGCCUUUCCGGCGCCAUUUUCCUGCUUGGCUUGGCCACCAAUGGGCUGAUGCUGAGGCCGCUGCUGCAGCAGGUGCACCUCGGGAACGUGCUGGCCAUCUACCUGCUGAGCCUGGGGGUCGCCGACAUCCUCUGCCUCUCCCCCUGGCCUCUCUGGAUGGUGUGUGUGUCCCACAACCACCAGUGGCCCCUGGGCGGCCCAGCGUGCCACGGGGCCGGCUUCCUCUUCCACUCCAACAUACGUGUCAGCAUCGUGGUGCUGUGCGCUGUCUCGCUGGAGCACUACCUGGCCGUGGCGCACCCCCUCCGCUCCCUGGGCUCGCGCAGCCGCUUCUCCGCCACCGUGGCCUGCGCGUCCGUGGCCCUCCCGGUCUUCCUGUCCCACCUGGCCACCUCGUCCCGCGCAGGUGGCCUGCAGGGCGCUUCCUGCUACGACAGCUACCCGCUGCAGCCGGGAGUGGCCACCUUCAACUACCUCCGGGUGGCCACCGGCUUGGCUCCUCCUCUUCUCAUCCUGGGCAUCUCUUACCUGAAGGUCGCCCGGAGCGUGCAGGCCAGUGAGACGCCGCUGGGCUGCCGGAAGGCCAAGGUGCGGCACCUGUCCCUGGGCGUCACGGCCAUCCUCCUGCUCUGCUCCGCCCCCUGCCACGUCCUGCUGCUGGCGCGGAGCCUGGCCUUCUCCCGCUCGGACUGCCGCUCGCUCUGCGCCUGGGAGCGGCGCCUCCAGCUCCCCUUCUCUCUCUUGGCCCUGUCCAGCCUGAGCAGUGCUCUGGACCCCGUGCUCUACACCCUGCUGAGCCCUGGGGCCAAGGCGGACCUCAGGAGAGCCUUUGCCUGGAGGGCCCGGGCCGGCGGGGCACAGGACUUGGUGGCUCUCUGA